AUGGCAACAAAGCAGCGGACCAUUUGCUUCGGCAAGAAGAAAACCGCCACGGCUGUGGCUCGUUGCGAGCCUGGUCAGGGUCUGAUUAAGGUCAACGGCCGUCCUCUUCAGCUGGUCCAGCCGGAGACGCUUCGCAUGAAGCUUUACGAGCCCAUCCUGGUGGUCGGUCUUGACAAGUUCGCCAACCUCGACAUCCGCGUCCGAGUCUCUGGAGGUGGUCACACUUCGCAAAUUUACGCCAUUCGGCAAGCUAUCAGCAAGAGUCUCAUUGCGUACUUCCAGCGUUACGUUGAUGAGCACUCCAAGUCGCUGCUGAAGCAGGCCCUCGUCCAGUACGACCGGACGCUCCUUGUCGCCGACAACCGUCGCUGCGAGCCGAAGAAGUUCGGUGGUCCGGGUGCCAGAGCGCGCUUCCAGAAGUCGUACCGUUAG